AUGGCUGAUAACAGUGAUAAUGAUGAGAAGAACGUUGGUGACAAAAGUGGUAAUAAGGAGAAGAAGGUGGAUUUGGUGUUUUUUCUCGGCACCAAUGACAAUCCCGGCAACGUGAUCACACCAAUACAAUUGCGUGGCCCGAAUUAUGACGAAUGGGCAAGGGCAAUUCGAACCUCGUUGCAAGCGAAGCGAAAAUACGGUUUUGUGGAAGGGAAAGUCCCAAAACCAACAACACCUGAGAAAUUGGAAGACUGGACUGCAGUGCAGUCGAUGCUCAUUGCAUCACUAGGAGAAUGCAAGCAAGGCAAAGGUGAAGAGGUGUCGGCCUACUUCGAUCGUCUAUCUCGUGUAUGGGACGAACUUAUGACUUAUGUCAAAAAGCCAAAUUGCAAAUGUGAAGGGUGUACCUGUGACAUCAACCAACAAGUGAUUGAUUUGAGUGCAGAAGAUUAUCUGCAUCAUUUUCUUAUGGGCCUUGAUGGGGUUUAUGCGACGAUUCGCUCAAAUUUGCUUUCUCAAAAUCCAUUACCAAAUAUUGAUUAA